GCGGAGAACGACGUGCCAGAAGCGGUCUUCAACCUGGGGCUCGCGUAUGAAACGGGAAUUUACGACCUGCCGAUAAACCCCAAGAAGGCGGCGAAAAUCUACAAACGCGCCGUGGGACUCGGAAAUUUGGAGGCGAUGGUGAACCUUUCACGUCUGUAUGCCAUCGGAGAAGGUGUCAAGAUGGACAGUACGAAGGCGGCGCGACUCGAUCGCAUGGCCGCGGGCCGCGGCUUCGCGAAGGCACAGUGCGCACUAGCAAACGAGUAUUUCGCAGCAGGCGACUUUGUCGAGGGCGCGAGGUACUGCAGGCUUGCGGCGGAACAAGGUCUUACGGAGGCCGAAUACAAUAUGGGCUGCUUCUACCGUACGGGCCAAGGCGUGCAACGUGACGUCGGCGAAGCCAGGCGCUGGUUUUCGCGCGCAGCCGCCAAGGGC